AGCUCCGCCUAGCUCUAGUUAAACGUUAGCCUAGAAAUCUAGACGGCAGCAAUUUGGGUCUGGCUCGUCAGGCUAGUUAAAUGUAACAUUAUUCAGACAAAAGGACAGCUACUGUAAAAUAGGCUGUUCAGAUCAGACACUUGUAACUGCAGAGAGGAGGUGAAGUUGACCCUCCCACUCUGCUGUUCUGAGCGACGCAAGGGGAAGUGUUCACUUCACUUUUCAGUCCGAUUAGGCAUGACUUGUGAGCGGAUUCAGCGGAGUUAGAACUACCCGGUGUCCACAACCGACAGAGCCAGCUGCCUGUGCUGGAGGGGUUCGUCCUGAGUAACUGAUUCGGUUUAAAAAAAAAUAAGCAAGUAGUCUGUGGCAUAAACAAGAAAAGAAAUGGGUAACCGGGUUGCUCGGGAAGAUUACGAAUGGGUGUAUACUGAUCAGCCCCACGCCGACCGGAGGAAAGAAAUUUUAGCGAAGUACCCAGAGAUCAAAUCUCUGAUGGGUCCCGACCCGCGUCUGAAGUGGAUUGUCUGCAUGAUGGUGGGCAUCCAGUUUCUGGCCUUCUACCUCGUGAAAGACCUGGACUGGAAGUGGGUGAUGUUCUGGACCUACGCGUUCGGCAGCUGCAUCAACCACUCCAUGACGCUGGCCAUCCACGAGAUCUCCCACAACACGGCCUUCGGCAACAACCGGGCCAAGCUCAACCGCUGGUUCGCCAUGUUCGCCAACCUGCCCAUCGGCCUGCCCUACUCGGCCUCCUUCAAGCGCUAUCACUUGGACCACCACCGCUACCUAGGAGGCGACGGCAUCGACGUGGACAUCCCCACAGACUUUGAGGGCUGGUUCUUCUGCACGCGCUUCCGCAAGUUCAUCUGGAUCAUCCUGCAGCCGCUCUUCUACGCCAUCCGCCCGCUCUGCAUCAACCCCAAGCCCAUCACGCAUCUGGAGCUGGCCAACACGGCCAUCCAGUUCGCCUUUAACAUCGCCCUCUACUGGCUGUGGGGGGCCAAGCCGGUGGUCUACAUGCUGGCAGGGUCCAUGCUGGGCAUGGGCCUGCACCCUAUCUCAGGUCACUUUAUCGCCGAACAUUACAUGUUCCUCAAGGGCCACGAGACAUACUCCUACUACGGCUCACUCAACCUGCUCACCUUCAACGUUGGCUACCACAACGAGCACCACGACUUCCCCAGCGUCCCAGGCCGCAGGUUGCCUAUGGUGAAGAAAAUCGCAGCCGAGUACUAUGACGACCUUCCCCAGUACACGUCGUGGGUGAAGGUUCUGUAUGACUUCAUAAUGGACGACAACCUCAGUCCGUACUCACGUGUGAAGAGAAAGCUUAAGGGAGAGAUUAAACAGGAAUGAUUUUAUUUUUUACACCACAUCACUGUCUGUGUAUGUCUCUCUCUCUUCUGCCUCCGCGUUUCCCUGCCUUCUACAUAUUUACACUCUUCCAGUCAAGCCACACCCUUGGGUAUCAUGUCAAGACCAGUGCCUCCUUUUCCAUAGAAAACAACUCCUGCAUUCAUAGUUAAGAGUGUACACUGUGUAUAGUCCCCUUAUACCCACAAACUACUACUGUCUAUACACAGGCAAAGAUUUUUUUUACUGCACAUCAAUGCUCACUUGAGCUAUUGUGUUGUAAAAAUUCUUCUGCAAAUAGUUCAUAAAGUGUAGUAUUUUUGUUUGACUCUCUUGCUUUGGAAGAGAUUAUAUGUCUUAAGAUAUUUUGUGAAAAACAGAUUUUGACCAAAAGACGAUGAUCUUGUCAUUUUGUCCAUUUGUUUUAUUACGGUUAGUUGUACAGUUCUAAGAUGUUGAAACUAGCUGGCAGAGCAGUUGCUUGAGUAGGUUACACCCCUGACCUCUCACAAGUACACAAAGAAAGAAUGACCGUUUUGGUAGUGUGUAUAGUUAGCGGGUGACCUUGCAAUCCGAAACACGUUGCAUUGCAUAUCUCUCCUGUUAAUGGUUGCUCGUUGCACAUGCUGUCUCUACAAGAGAGGGUUUACGAGGUCACUCCUGUUUUAUGUACCUUGUAACUUACCUGUAGUGCCUGUAGGACUCAUUGUUGCUUCCUCCACCCUCUCAAUGGAUGCUGUGUGUAAGAGAAAACUGACGGAAACUGGCAGAAAUGUGGAUUAAGAUCCGGCCCUGAUCCUUCCCAGGUUAAGUUGCUGUCUGAGAUCAGAUUGCAUAUUGGGAUUCUGAGUGUUUUACCACACCAGUGGGACCAACACAAUGGGAGGCGUUGCACAAAGCUACCAAUACAAUGUGGUAGUUGAGUUGGUAUUCCCUGAUAUACAGCAUGCUGUAUACUAUACGUACUGAAUACUUAGAUACUUAAGUUUAGAGAUGUAAUAAUCAACGAGGAAGAUAUUUCCUAUGCUGUGUGUGGCUUGGGGUUGUGUGCCUGUCUGUUUAUGAUGAGAGCGCUGAAAGCAAAUCGUCCGUAUUUUUUAUACUUUAAAGAUGCAUGUAGGUUAGGACCAUAUGUGGCCUUGUGGAAUGUCAUGCAGGCAGUGUUGACCGAUCACCGAGACAUAUUUUGAGAUCACAUAUACUAUACAUUAGCCUAAUCUUGUUGUAUGUAUUUGUCAUCUCACUGGAAACGCGCCAAUGCUUUCAAUAUGCUUGUUUUCUGAUAUAUUUUACAUAUCGGUUAGCUGUGUGUGCGUGCUUAUGCAUUUGUUCGCCCAAGCAACUGACACCCCACCCCCAGCUCUGAGGCCAAGAGAACCAAAAACCUUGUCAUGUCUGUGAAAGAAUGUUAGUUGUGCGUCACUCUAGUUGCUCUCCCUUUUCCUCCUAUAUAUUAGGGCAUGCAGGCUCCCCUUUCGAUUUCAAAGACUGAUUAACUUUGUUUUUCUCUUUCAAACUGUGUCCUUAACAUUAGCAAGGCAGUCAGUAGCACUCCUGGCUCCGCUCUCAUUGUUCUGUGUCUCAGGCCUCUCAAGACCGCCGUCUGCUCACUCUCCACACCUCUCGCCUGUGCUGUUAUCAGUCCAUUUAUCAGACGCCGAGUUAUUAAAACAAAAACUAUAACCUUUGCUUUAACCUUGGCCAUGAAGAAUUUCUUCUCUAGAUACAGCAAGUAAGAGUGUUUUGUUUUUUUCUGUCUGAAUGAGUGUGUGAUAAGGAUUCAGUGUUCAAGAUUCAAGUGUUUUUUUGUUUUGUAUUUAUUGAAGAAUUCUUGCUUAAAUACAGCACAUGGACAGAGCAAGCACUUUGCUUUUGUCCUGCAGGGCACCCAUGCCCCUCCCCCCUUCCAUACCCCUUGUGAGAUGCAGUCAGAGGAGAGUAGACUUGUCCCUUGUCAGUAUUAUAACCAGCCUGGGAAGGCGUCUCCCCCCUCAGUCAAUCAAUGUUUAAAGUUCAAAAGGUCAAAACAAGUCGGCUGUUCUGACAUGCGCCCAUGGAUGGUCAUUGAGUCAGGUGAGAGCAGAUAGCGAUGAUGGGAAGUGUUUCCCAGAAGAACAGUGUGGUAAUAUUUAUUGCUUCAAAAAGUUACGAGCAGCUGUAACACAACACUACUGGGACACCUUUGAAUCUGUUGAGUUUGAAGCUUUGACACAUGGCUCACCUGUACUGGGAUCAAAUUCCUUAAUCAGUCAUAAGCCUUUUUCAGUUGAAUUCACCUGAUCCUGUGACCACCCCAAAUAAUGAUGAUCGUCCGAAUGUUUGCUGCACUUGUGUGUGUGGACGUUUUUUGGGGUUCCAUGUUUUCUGUAACAAAUGUUUUUGCUCUAUUGCACCCUCACGAUUUUAUUAAAGAAUUUAAAUAUA